AUGAUGAAGCUUGAACAGAAAAUUGAAAACCUCAAGACAAUGCUAAAAUCAGCAGACAGUCCUACACUUGGGUCAAAACAAGAUGAAGGCAAACAGCUGACUGAAGAAGAGGUCUUAGAAAAGGAAGCUGAGUAUCUCAAGGACACCAUCUCAAAAAUGGGUCUAAAUGAAGACAGCUCAUCAAGGCUUCAAAACCUUUUUAAGAAGGAGGAUGCUCUAACCUGGUGGAAGGCACUGAUCCAAUCCACAGGCAAGGUUGCAAUGUACAACCUAAGUUGGCCUAAAUUCGUGGAACUGAUACGCGAGACAUAUUGCCCACCUCACAAGGUGGAGAAAGUUGAAUCUGACUUUCUAAAACUGACAAUGAAGAACCUCGACUGUCGAGCUUACGUAUCUGAUUACAACUCUCUUUCAAGACUCGUUCCUUAUCUGAUUACCCCUAAGUCUAAACGCAUUGCGCGAUUUAUCGGAGGACUCGCGUUAGAAAUCAAAGGGAUGGUUAAAUCCUCCAAACCUACAACAUUCAGAUCUGCUGUGGAUCAAGCCUUAUCUCUUACUAAAGAUAAGAUAAGAGUAAGAACGGCCAAAGCUGAAAGUGAUCACAAAUGGAAACGUGAUGAUGCACAUAGUAGGGAUUUUAAAAAGGGUAAGACUAGUUCGUGUUAUCACCAGUCCAAGCCGAAUGAUGCAAAGCCGAAUGAGCAACCCAAAAGUUGUGGCAUCUGUAAGAAGAUGGACCACAAAUCCCAUGAAUGCAAGGAUAUAAAGAACGCCACAUGCUAUGGGUGUGGCGAAAAAGGGCAUAUAAAGAUCCACUGCCCAAAGUGA